UGUUACGUUUUUUUGUUUUUCAUUACUGUAUGUAAUAUUGUUCAAUUGUAAUUUUGACCUAACACGAACUGUUUGACGUUGAAUAUUUUUAUUGAUGAGAGUUUGGUCAACUGCGUUUUAUUUAAAACUAUACUUUUAUUUCUACAUUAAGUAUAACGUGCGCUGCAAAAAUUUGAGUGAGCUUGGCGAAAACGUAAUACUAUAUUACUUUCCUUGACUGCUUAUAGUAGGUGGUACAUAUUUGUAAGAAAUGGAAGAUCCGCCGAGCUCAAGCAGUUAUUCAUUGGAUUCAAAUAGCACUUCCAAGUCCAUAGUUAUUCCGAUUGGUCCACGUUCACCUUAUUCUGGUGAUUUUGGUGAAUACUUCUCUGAACAGUACUCUGUUCUCAAGUUGGUAUUGUCUUAUCUAAACUAUUAUGAUCUUAAUACACUUCGGGAAGUCAACAGUUCUUUGAAAAUAGCUGCUGAUAUACUGUUAAAGAAACGUACGUGGAUUCAAGCUGCUUCUCUAAAUUAUAUGCACGGAACUGAUCAUCGGCCAGAGCCAAUACACAGUGGACAUUUUAUUGAUUUGAGAAUUGAACCAAAAGUAUUGUUUACUUUUGAAGGUAUGGCUGGUGGACCUUCAUCUAGAUCCAGGCCAAAAAUUUGUAUGCGUUUACGAGAUAGAAACGAUAACCGUUUCUUUCCCAGAAGCGACAUAGUGCCAAAAUCAGUUAAGACAUUUGUACCAAUUGGCGCUAAAGGUAUUAUUUAUCCAGACAAGAAUGAAAAAAAUGAAUUGAUAACUGUUCAGACCAUGAUGCAUAAAAAACUGGCACUUCUCUAUUUGCCUACAACUGACAGCUAUGAUGUAAGUGUAUUUACUCGUGUAGUUACAUCUGACUCGUUUAUACAAGAACCAAUACGUGAAUUUUUUCAUAGUGAUCCACGUCCUAUAAGAGGAAUAAUAUUUUUGAAAGUCGGUGCACCACAUAUCGAUGGAAUGAUAAGGUUUAUUGUGAAAAUGGUAUCUAACAACCAGUCUGAACCAUUUGCGUUAUCUGGAGGACAUGUAUCAAGCUUAGAUUAUGAUAAUCCACCAAAAAAAAAUAUUCCUGGUGUUUUGAAGGCAAUUAUAUUUCGUGGAGAUGGUAUACGCUGUGUGUCAGAUUUUAUUGGCUCAACAACGGAUGAUGGAGUGCUUGAAGGAUUAAAACAUACUGCACUGUAUGUUAAUAAGACUUUUGGAAAAUUGAACAUUCAUAAGACAUUCAUAAUGAUGUUCCAGUGUGUAGAUAGACAUUCAUUGCCCAUUGAAGAUAAUACUCAUCUUGCAAAGACAUUUCCAAAUAUCCCAAUUUUUGGUAUGCAAACGUGGGGAGAAAUUGGGUUUAGGUCUUUUAAAACACAUGAAUUGAAAUUUGCUCCUAAAAAGAGAAAGUUAUCCAUAAUGCAUUCAGUUAAAACCACAUACAUGAUUGUUUCUAUAGAUUAAUAAUAAUAUAACAAUAAUACCUAAUAUUAAUUUUACUUUAAAUAUUUUAAAGUAUUUUAAUAAUUUUUCUUUGUUUAUAGUGUCUUGAGUAACUUCUAUUGUUUUCCUUAUUAAACAUUUUGUUUUAUUUCUGAUUUAUAUUAAAUUGACAAUUAUUUUUAUUUUCAAUAAUAUGACUGUAUAGAAGGUUAGGUUAAGUAUCUAUCGUCUGCAGUCUAGUUAUGAAACAAAAAAAUACCAUUUUAAGUAUAGAUGCCUAUUAUUUUGCUGUUAUUUUUUGAUUUUGAUUUUAUGAUUUUUAUUUUAGAAAACUAUUCAUAAUUGUGAAGAGUAUUAUUGAUGUGUGUGUUUCAUAUUUAUUAACCUACAUAAUAUUUUAUUAUUAUUGUUUUGAAAAUUAUUCUUUUCAUUUAAUGGAUUGUAAAAAAGAUGAUUUUGCUACAAUUUGUAAUAAAAAAAAAAGGAAUAUAUAUAUAUACUGUAUGUUCGAAAAAAAACUGGGUACAAUCUAUAACUCAGUUACCUACAUUACUCAGUACCUUAUACAUAUUUUAGAAUUGUGUCUGCAGGAGAUUGAUUAUCCAAUAGUCUAGUUUUGUGUUCCGCAAACAGAAUUAAAAAAUAUGUAUAGGGUACCGAGUAAUAUGGGUAAUUUAAUUAUAAAGUGUACUCUGUUUUUGAGGACACUGUAUGUAUAUUGUUAUAAGUAAAAUAACUUUAAGAUAACGUGAUACCUGUAUGUGUUGUCUUCGUCUUACAAAUGCGUAACAUAGCAAAUUUUAAGCUCAGCAAAACACGUGUAGCUCUGUUAGUUUAAAAAUUAGACCUAAUUGACCUCUUUUAAAAUCUAAAGGUAAGAUUAUUAUUUGAGCAACCUCAUGUGCUUUUUAUUAUAUUUUAAUUUUAACGCGAGUUAUGAGUAUUUUAAAAUUAUAAAUUGUUUGUACAUCUUAAAAUACUCAUAACUCGCUUUAAAAUUAAAAUAUAUUAUAAAGCCCAUGAGGUUGCCUAGAUAAUAAUCUUACCUUUAGAUUUUAAAAGAGGUCAAUUCGCUCUAAUUUUUAAAUUAACGGAGGUACACAUGUUCUGCUGAGCGUACAAUUUCCUAUGUUACGCACAUGUAAGACGGAGACAAUACAUGCGGGUAUCACGUCUUCUUAAAUGGUUUUUUAAUGUAAACAAUUUUACUUAGAACAUUUUUUGUGAACAAUUUUAGUUCUUUUGAUAUAAUUUUCACAACAAUUCUGCAUUCACUUUAUAUAUAAUUAGUUAAGCAGGUCUUGUUUAGUUAUAUACUUUUCCAUAGGUUUAACUGUAAACACAAUAUUUAAUUUUCAUUUGUAUUUAUUUUAUGUAUAGGUAUUUGGCUGUUUUAAAUUUUUUUUAUGUAUUAAUAAUUUUAUAUACACAUGCAACUGUAACUUAAAAAUACAAUUUCAAACAAAUGUAGAAGUGUGGAAUUCUAAGUAUUGUAGUACAGUGAAACCUCUCCUAACAGACAUCUCUAAAUAGCGGACACCUCCGAAUACUGAACAACAUUUUAGUGACCAAGAGUGUCCUGUAUUUAGAGAUUUCACUGUAUUUGUAAGUGAAAUUAGAUAUGACAUUUUAUCACUUGUUAUAAUUUUAUUCUUUAAGUUAUGCAUAUCUUAAUCAUCAAUGCUGUUAAUUGUACUAAGACUAGCUAAAUAAUUAAAAACAUGUUUUUAUAGCUAGAUUAAUUAUAUUUAAGACAUAAUACACAAGUCUGACAUAAUCUUCAUGUAAUUUUUUGAAGUACAGUGAUUCAUGAGCUGAUCUCAAAAUGUAUCAUUCCCAAAGUAAUUUUUAUCUUGAUCCUAAUUGUUUUAAAAGACUAUAGUGAAUAUACAUUUGAAAUUUUAUGUUUAAUAUGCUCUAAAAGACUUAAUAGUUAUUACUUAUUAUACUCAUGAAAAUUUGUGUUUGAUGUAUUUAAAAUCAUAUAAUUGAUAUUUUAUACUAUUGCCAAAUUAUUAAUAUUAUAUGAUAAUUUAUGUAUAUUAAUAUUUAAGUCAUCAUUUUAUAUUUUUGUUUAUAUUUUGAUUAAUUUUACAAAUAUUAAAUUGUUAUUUUAUUUUAUGAAACCAUUAUCUAUUUAUAUUUUGAUUCCCACCUAGUAGGUAUACAUCAUACUAGAUUUAUAACUAAUAUUUAUGUAAUAUUUUAUAUAAUUGAAUGUAUAUAUAUAUUAUGACACUUAUGUAUUCAUUUUUGUUUGCAUCCUAUAAGACUUAAAAAUGUUGGAAUAAUUAUUAACAACUUCUAAUUUUUACGAACUUAUGUUAUGUUAUGUUAUCUUUCUACAAUUUUAACAAUAAUUAUAUUAUUUUAUUGAAUUUUCAUUUUUAAGUACCUAUUUAAAAAUACUCUGUAUUACAAAAUAAUAUAAAGCAUGUUAUAAUUUAAUUUAAAAUCCAACUAUAAUUGUUCUUAUUGCAUAAGAAUAGAAUUUGUCAAAAUAUACCAUUUUAUUAUUUCUUUUUGUAUAUAAAUUGUGAAUUACAAACAUUGGUUUUAUUAAGUCUUAUAUUUUGAUUGAAAAAUUUAUGAAAUUUCUAAAAAGUCUAAUUCAAUUGUAUACAAUUUUUUUUAAAUACUUCGAAACCGUUGAAAGUAACAGGGUUAAGUAGCCUUUACUAAUUAUUUGGUCACAAUUAUUAUGUUAAAAUGUUAUAUACUCAAGCAUAAUAAUUUUGUUUAUUAAAUAUUAUUGAUUAUUCUUCAUUAGUUUUAGUUAUUGUGAAUACAACUAGUAUACCUACCUUAAAUAUUGUUUUUACCUAUCUAAUUAUUAUUUUCUAUGCUAAAUUAUUUAUUGUUUAUAGAUUUAAUAAACUACUCUUAUAAU